GGCGCUCUGCGGGGAAAAGAGGAGCCAGCCGGCGAGGGAACGAGCGCGGCCGGCCGCCCCGCGCCCCGGCGAAGGCCAGCGGGACCCCGGCCUCUCCUGCGGCCCCUCCCUCCCCCCCUCCCUCCCUCCCCGCGCGGGCUGGGCGGGCUGGGCCGGCCUCCCUCCGCCUUUGUCUGCAGCAUCCCCGCGGCCGGCUUUGUCUGCCCGGGGCCGCCGCCCGUGCGCGGCGACGAUGGCUGCGGGGCCAUGAGCCGGCGGCGGCCGAGGCGCAGCGAGCGGGCCGUCCCGCAUGGCCGCGGCGGCGGCGGCCGGCAGGGGCGAUGGGGCAGGUGCUGGCGUUCGCCCACUGCAAAGAGUCUCCUUCGACAGCCUCCACCACUCCUGAUUCUACAGAGGGCGGCAACGAUGAAUCCGAUUUUCCUGAGUUGCAGACAGCACGGGAGUUCUCUGAGGAUGAAGAAGAGGCCUCCGUCGAAUGGGGAACGCCACGGGAGCUGACUUUUUCCUACAUCACAAUUGCGGGGGGCCUUGGUAUCAACCCCACGACGGGAGAGAAUGGCUCUCGAAGCAGGCGUGAUUCCCAGACCCGCCAGACACGGGCUGUGCUGCCCCACACGGAAACCUGUGAGACGUUUGUACCAGCUCUGGGGGACAGUUUGGAGAACAUUCCCAGCCUCUGCCCGUCCCCUGAAGGAGAGGGGGCAUCACCUCCUGGGCACUGCCAGGGACUGGACCCAUUCUCCACCUGGGAUGUUGAUACGGGCUAUGGCAAUGAAGCAGCAGCAGCAGAGAAAGGCAGGGGAGUGGAUUUGUCCCCCCAGCACAGCUCCACAGCAGCAGCAGCAGCAGCAGAAGGGGCACGAGGCAGCACGUUGUCGUCUUCAGACGCCUCCCCAGAGGAGCUCCCACCACCAGACGCCUUAAUGCCCCCGCCUGCCGAAGUCGCUCCCUUCGAGGCUUCCACCAUGCAGCCCCCGACGUGGACCUCGAUGGAGUUAUGCCAACAUCUAGUGCUGGAGGAAGGGAUGGAGGAGGAGGAGGAGGAGGAGGAAGCUGGCCAGGAAGCAGUCACAGAAGAGCACCAGGCUGAGCCAAACCAACUAGAGAACACUCUGGAAAUUGUGGCGGACUUGGUCUACUGGCGCGACACCCGCAAGUCAACGUUCGUCUUCACCAGCCUGAUGGUGGCACUGCUGUGCCUGCUGCACUUCAGCAUCGUCAGUGUGGUCUCCUACCUCUCCCUGGCGGUCCUCACAGUCACCAUCUCUCUCAGGGUUUACAGCAAAGUGUUGCAUGCCAUCCAUCGGGGAGAGGGCACCAACCCCUUCCAGGCUCAGCUGGAUGCCGACCUGGGGCUGUCAAAAGAGCAGCUGGAACGCCUGACAGAGCGCGUUGUCUUCUACGCCACCUCAGGCACUCGAUCUGUGCAGCGCCUUUUCCUGGUGGACGACUUGGUGGAGUCCAUUAAGUUUGCUUUCUUGUUCUACAUCCUCACGUAUGUGGGAGCCGUGUUCAACGGGAUGACCUUGCUUAUUCUGGGAGUUAUAAGUGCAUUUACCUUCCCUCUACUGUACAGGCAACAUCAGGCACAGAUCGACCAGUACGUAGGUCUGGUGAGGAACCAGUUGAGUAACCUCCGAGCAAAGAUGUUGGCCAAGCUCCCGACAGCCAAAGCAAAAGCUGAAUGAACGGCGCCCUCCUCUCUGUCUCCCCACCCCCCACGUACACACUGUUUACUCUCAGCCCUGCUCCUUUCGCACAUUUGCAUCCCAUGCCUGCCUCAACAAGAGACGCCCCCCCCCCCCCGAACCAGACCUCUGAGCUGCCCUGCCAUCAGGUGGACAGAGCUCCCCCAUCCCUGCCCCCAGCCCAAGUUAGGCUUGGUCUCUUGCAUUGUAUCCACCUCUGACUGCCAGGGGAGAGCAGAAGGGAGAGCUGCACAGUGGGGGGGGGGGGUGCAGCAAACAGCAGGCCCCCUCUUGCUUCUCUCUGCUAAAUGCCAGUGGUGAUGUCAUCCAUGGCCUGCUGAGGGGUAGCACCUCUGCCUGAAACUGACCAGGUGGCCUUUGGGGGCUGGUUUUGUCUGGCCCAGCUUUGUAUUGGGUGGGUCCUUCCCAAGCAGCCCCACCCCCCAGGCCUCGGCUCAAUGGCUGGGAGCCCAGGAUGGGAGGCAGCUGACGGACCGCCUCCCCCUGCUCUUCCAAGAUCAGUCCUGACCACCCUUUCCUGGGAGCUCUGCUUCCUCACCUGUAAACUGGAGGCUGAACACUCAUUCCGCCUCUCCGAUCUGGCUGCCCCCCCCCCCCACAUGCUCAGCGAGGCUCAGCUGGCACCAUAGCCAAGCCUGUAGGCCCAGGAGUGACCCUGGCCAGACUGACACUUGGAAACUGGUUGCAAAAGACAAAGCAUCGUGGCUUACAGGGCGGAGUGGAGAACCAUGUCACACACACGCCCCCCCCCCCCCCGAAUAUCCAAGGCUUAGCAUCUGGGCCCUUCCCCGGCUGGAUCUUCUUACUGAGGGAGUACUGAAGAUUCCAACACACACACACACGGCUUAUGGACCCAGCAGGGACAGCUGAUGAGGUCUUCACAGAGUUUCACAGCAUAGCCAGGAUCCCUUUUGCCACUGCAGGUACUCAGAGAGGAAGGGAAUGGUCAGGCCAGGCUCUCCCCACACUGGGUAUCCAGGCAGGAGAGACCCAGGAAUUGGCAGCCUCACACUGGCCAAGGAGCUCUCCUGCAACAAGCACGUUUGCCUGCCCCUCCCUUUGCCUUCAGUGGCCCUCUGCCCGGGAAAUGCCUUCCCACAUCUCCAAAGAGAAGUGGCUGUGGGAUGGGGCCUCUUUCAAAACCGUCCACGUGCCACAGAAGAGCCUGGGGUGGGGUGAAGCUGCAAGACCGGGUCUCAAAGGAGCACUGAGGCCCAGUGGGCCACCUGCCCUGUCCCCUAGAGCAAGAGGGAAAGUGGUAAUUCCCAUAAAAAUAUUAAAUUUUAGUACAUGUUUUAAAAAAA